AUGAAGAUAUAAAAGAUUUAAUUCUUGCUUUUGAAAAAUGCUCCAUUCUUUAAGCAGUGUCAAAGUAUAGCAAAAUGUAUUAACAUUUUAAAUUUGACGUUAAGCUUAAAAAGUAACUUGAUUAAGAAGUUAGGUGCUUUGUAUAUACUUUCAGAUUUAUCAAGUUGCUAUUUAUUAUAAACUUUGGUACUUGAUCUUAGCGAAAAUAAAAUUGGUCCUCAAGGUUCUACUAAUAUAGGGUCUGGCUUGGCAAAGCUUACUAAUCUCCAAAAUAUAAAACUUAAUCUAAGAUUAAAUAUAAUAUAUGAUGAAGGUUUAUCAGGUCUAGCUUCCGGCUUAGAAAAGUGUUAUCAUCUCUCAAAUUUGGAAUUAAACCUUAGUUACAACUAUAUUGGGCAAAAAGUGAUUAAUGCUUAAAAAAUUUGA